AUGCUUCGAGCCGAUGAGAAAACUGCCUCGACGCGGGUGAUCAUCCAUUUGGAUCUCGACUGCUAUUAUGCACAAGUAGAGCAGCGACGUCUUAAUAUCCCGGAUGGACAGCCCGUUGCAGUACAGCAGUGGGGAAGUCUCUUAGCUGUCAAUUACGCUGCACGCAAGUUUGGUGUCGAGCGAGGAGACUUUGUCGAUGAUGCGAAGAAGAAAUGUCCACAGAUUCACUUGCCACAUGUUGACACGCUAGGAGAAAACCGUAAGCCAGGACAGGCGUUUGAUCGCACACAUCAGAAGGCUAUUCUACGGAGGUAUCGCGUCGCCAGUCGUGAGAUUUUUAGCAUUCUGAGCUCAAUGGUGUCGGUCAUUGAAAAGGCGGGCAUUGAUGAGGCCUUUAUGGACGUCACAGACAUGGCUGAGAAGAGACUUGCGCAGAUGACUGUGUUUUCGUCAGAUUUCUGCCAGGAUCCCGCCAACCACGACACGAAAGUGUUUUGCAAUGCCAAGGAAGAGGAACAUACAUUGCAGGCUUUCCCGCUGACGGAUAAUGAGCGAUUGCUUUGCAUUGGUGCAGUGAUAUCUCGAGAAAUUCGUCAGGCGAUCUAUAGCAAGCUUGGUUACACGUGUUCAACAGCCAUUGCAAGUAAUAAACUAUUGGCCAAAUUGGCGUCCCCACUCAACAAACCUAACGGACAAGUCGUGGUAGCACCUCGGUUUGUUAGCAACCUCAUGAAGAGUUUACCGAUGCGGAAGGUUCGCGGACUUGGCGGUAAGCUCGGUAAACAGCUGGAGAGUAUUUAUCAAAGCCUAGAUCCGGCGGGAGUACGAGCUUUGGAUGAAAGAGAAGCAGAGGACACAUCAAAGAAGCUAACUGCGCACGCCUUCCUUCAGCGUUGCGGAAUGGCAGAGCUGAGCAAGCACGUGGGUCAAGAAACUGCCGCGUAUGUUCACCAAAUCUGUCAGGGCAUUGACGGUGACGAACAAGUAGAAGAGAAAAAGGUUCAAGUGAAGAUGCUUAGCUGUGUAAAGCAGUUUGAUCAGCGCUCCGGGUCGGCGCUUGCGCGCGUAGAGCAGCUAGAGUACUGGGUGCGGCUGCUGUGUGAGGAAAUGGUAAUGCGUUGUGAGGACGAGCGCAUUGAGAACAAGCGGUUCCCGUCGCAACUGACGAUCCAGUUCACACGCGCGAAACCCGAUGACAAGCCACGCACGCGGAAGCUUGGCAUCGCCCAAGACACGACGGUGGACGAGCUACACGUGGCUGCAAUGAACGUAAUGCGCCUCUAUUUGGACAGUCUGUUUCCGUUGGCAGCUCUAAGCAUGCACGCCAAGAACUUUCACGAUCUGAACUCGCAGACUGUAACCACCAUCUCAAGUUUUUUCACGCGGAAUGUGGACGAAGUGUCGUCUGCCAAUGGAACUGCACAGCGUGUGGAGGAUGAUAUUAAACAGUUUACUGCAAAACGAGGCCGAGAUGAAUUAUCGUCACGAAAAAGCAGCAGACGAAAAAUAUCGGCUUUUUUUGGUCCAUUGAAUCACGACAGCAACGAUGUUGAGGAGAGCCACGUGAUGGCUGAGACAGACGCAACGAGUUGCAUCAAAAAGUCAACUUCAACCUACACCCAAGAAGAAAGGACGUCAUCAAGUACCACUCACUUUUGUAACGAGUGCAACUGUUUUGUGUCAGAACCUCAAGAUGAGCAUGCGGACUUUCACUUUGCGAUGAAGCUCAGUGCGGGUACAGCUGUUCAAAGAAAGGCCAAGAAAAGAAAAGGUCCACUUGAUGCAUUUCUCAGGCGAUAA